GGCGGAGGAGGAAGCCGGACAGACCUGGACGUCUGCCUCCACUGUCCGUGAGGUUGAGGAGACCCUGGAGACCUGGCAUUUCAGCUACUGGCCCUACGGCAGCGAACUGUAAGUCCCUACGCUGUGGGGUUUAACCAUUCUCUUGUUGUUUUAUAAUGACAGGUACAGGUAGAUAUUGUCACAAGUUCUCAGGUGAGUAGUACUGUGUCUUUUUACUUGAUAAUGCCAUUUUGAGUUUAAGGUUUGUAACAUAGCAGGAAGAGAACAUGCUUGGACUCUGCAGCACUCACCGUGAUGGUCCGAAUACCUGCUUCUGCCCACACUGUAUCCAGUGACCUUUUGGGACUGCAUUGGGUCCUGUCUCAUGGAAUGGUGAAGCUCUAGGAUGCCAGUUUACAGAAUGCAUGCAUUCACAACGUACAGAUGUCACAGCACUUUAAAUGGAUGAUCAAUGGAAAAAGAAAACCAGAGGGUUGCAUGGAUAAAGUCAAAUGGUGGUGCCUCAGGUAGAAGCAAAUCCCACAUGAAAACACAGUGUAAUUCACUGAACCAAGACUAAACUAGGUCUAAAACAGGACUAAACCAGGACUGAACUGAGGAUAAACCAGGACGAAAUCAGGACUGAACCAGGGCUAAACAAGGACAGGAAAUUGACUCUUGUGAGUUUUACGUUAUGUUAUAAUGUUGUUACCUCCUCAAAAACAUUCCGGGAGUUGUGUCUUGUUUCAUCUGCACAUGUUUGAAUAAUCCUUUAUUAUUAGUCUAUAUCUCCAAAGCUCAGAAUGCAGUUCCACCUUUUGAUGUCAUGAAACGGUAGUUUUCCAGUUAAUGGCUACCUUUUACCUUUUGUUCAGUAGAGAUUGGCCUGAAAACACCAAAAGGACUCAAGUGAAGGUGUAUGGAGUUUAAAAACACAGUAGAGCUUUUCCUGUAUUACCACAUGACAUGACAAGGAUUUUUUUCUGUUUGAGAAAAGAACUCAGCCUAAAUAUGCAGAGUUUGUGAGUUAAACAUGUGUGAAUGAAACAAAACACAACUCCACGUCUGUUUUUGAUGAGGAAACAUUGUAACAUAAAUCAGAAAAUAGUGUAAUAUGGGCCCUUUAUUCACUUUAGAAACUAUUAAAAACAAGGACAGUUUAUGUUUAUUCAAUUAAAUUUUAGGAAUUCAACAAUAAUACUACAAACAGAUCUGUGUGUAGCUUGAAUAUGAUAUUUGUUUCUCACUGGACACUGCCCCCUGUCUGUCAGCCCGGGUUGGUGUCUUCAGUGGAGCAGUUGCACAGACUGGUGAAGCCCAGCGUAGACUAUGUGUGCGGCCUUAAGUUCCCCUCUGGAAACUACCCUCCCUGUGUGGGGGACGAGCGGGACCUGCUGGUGCACUGGUGUCACGGAUCUCCGGGGGUCGUCUACAUGCUGCUGCAGGCCUACAAGGUGUUUGGAGGCCCUGGAUACCUGGAGGACGCUCUGCAGUGUGGGGAGGUGGUGUGGAGGUACGGCCUGCUCAAGAAGGGCUACGGCCUUUGCCACGGAGCCGCCGGGAACGCCUACACUUUCCUGUCCCUGUACCGGCACACGGGGGACCCCAAGCACCUGUACCGCGCCUGCAUGUUCGCAGACUGGUGCAUGAACUAUGGCAGACACGGUUGUCGCACACCUGACACGCCGUUCUCCCUGUUUGAAGGUAUGGCCGGUACCAUCUACUUCCUGGCUGACCUCCUGCAGCCAAUGAGAGCAAAGUUCCCUGCAUUUGAGGUGUAAAUUGUUAGUUAGACCGACCCGACAAUAUGGACUGAACUACCAUACAGUUAUACUUAUACUCAUGUCAGUUAAAAUAUUCUACUGAAAUACUUUGGUUUGGGCUGAUGCUUUAUUGUAUGUGCCAUGUACCUGCUUGUACUUCUCAAAUGGGUAUUAUUACUAAUACUAGUACUACUAUUACUACGACAGCAAACUCAAAAAUGUACUUCAAAAGUGCAUGUAUGUGUGUAUACUUGGUAAUUGUUGUAAAUAGGUGAAAUUCUAGUUUGGGCAUGUUUUAUGUGGAUGAAAACAUAUAUGAAUGAUACGUUUUGGUUAUGAAACUCU